AGAACAUCGAGAAGGAUGACAAGGGCGAAGACAACGACAGAGACGAGAACGGAGGCAAGAAGGGAGACGUGGACAAAGACAAGAACUUGAAGGGAGACGAGAAGGGAGACAAGAAGGGAGGCAAGAAGGGAAACGUGGACAAAGAUAAGAAGGGAGACGCGAACAAAGACAAGAACGGAGACGAGAAUGUUGAGAAGGAUGACAAGGGCGAAGACAACGACAUGGACGAGAACGGAGGCAAGAAGGGAGACAAGAAGGGAGACAAGAAAGGGGACGUGGACAAAGGCAAGAAGGGAGUCUCAGACGAGAACGUCGAGAAGGAUGACAAGGGCGAAGACAACGACAGAGACGAGAAGGGAGACGAGAAGGGAAACAUGGACAAAGACAAGAAGGGAGACAAGAAGGGAGCCACGUACAAAGACACGAAGGGAGACGAGAAGGAAUACAAGACGGAAGACGAGAAGGGAGACAAGAAGGGGCACAAGAAGGAAGAUGAGAAGGAACACAAGAAGGAAGACAAGAAGGGAGACAAGAAGGAAGACAGGGAGGAGGACCAGAAGAAAGACGACAAGGGAAACAAGAAAGACAAGAACGAGAAGCAUGGAGAGGACAAGGAGGAAGAUAAGGGCAAAACAGAUACGCAGGAACACAAGAAGGAUGACAAAGAGAAAGAUAGCAAUGGAGAUGACAAAACGAAAGAGACCAAGCCUCACCAAGGGAGCUAAAAAGGGAUAAUAUGAGAAGGAAGGCAAGGCAGACAAUCACAAGCACGAAGACAGCAAAAAGGAAGACGACAAGGAGAAUAGGAAGGGAAAUGACACGAAGGAUUCUAAAGAGGCGAAGUACGUUGACGAGGAGAUUAGUUAUGAGGAGUGCAAAGGCGGUCAGACUCUAUGGAAGGAGAAGAAAGUUAUGAGGACUGCGAAAGCAGUCUCUGCAAGGAGAAGAACAUUUACCACAAGCACACAUCCAUGAUGUACUACAACAACAUGGCCUUCAACCAUGUGCACAAUUAUGAUAAAGGUGUUGAAGGUAAGAAACUUGAAUCUGGUGGUACUAACAGGAUACAAGGGUAACUCACUCCAACACAAUAGACAAGGCUGACUAUGACUACGGCAACAAGGGCGGGAGCAGCGAGGAGUCGAGGACUGCAAUUUCCGGACAGAAAUGUUCUGCAAGCUCGGAUGUUCUUUAUACUGCUCAACUGCCCCCAAGUCCUUCACAGAGAAUGUCAAAAGUUGAUCAUUCCCAAGUUUUUGGAUGCCCUGUUGCAACUUGCAAGUCAACAAAAAAGGGAAAGCAUUUAAGACCGCAGCAUUGCCAGAGGAGGGAGGCACUGGUUCUACAAUUGCAUCAGCCUUAUUCAACAAUCGAUGACCGACACACAGUAACUUCCAACUUGAACAAGGUUUCAGCAUGUCUCAGAUGGCCUGAUCACAUACCAUAUCCAAUGGAAAGCACCACUUCAUGGGGUCUAACCCCUCCGGAAGGUGAAGAAGAAAAGGGUCAAAUGAAGUCAUAAGAGAAGUGAAGGCAACGGUUGGUGGGUCAUUCCAUAUAGCAGUACAUCAUAUCCUUCACUGAUUACCCAAUCCAUGGAGGUUCGGGUCGGAAAUGAUCCGGAUGUAUAGAUUGACACGGUGAUACAGUGGUUACAUGGUGUGAAUCGGAGCUGUUUACACCAAAAGAGGUUUUCCACUGUUGAUGUCUUCUCUCAUCCCGUCCUUCCACCUCUCCCACCCCUCUUCUUUUUUUUUUUAAUCAAAACGGGCCCAGUGCCCAAGGCUGAUAUUACCAAUAAGAAGAUAGAGGCCGGGGUCCUCACAGUCUACCCGGAGUGACCGAACAGAACAUGCUGAGAACCGGGCUCAGCUUCCCUCAUAUGAUGAUGAUGAUAAUGAUGAUGAUGAGACCUCUUCCGGAGAAAAACGCAAGGAGAGCCACUCGCUCACAAGUGGCUCAGCACAUUUUCCUAGCUAUGCAAAAAUGUAUGUUUAUCAUCAAGUUUUUUGAGACCAUCCCUCGGCAAACUUCAACUUCAUCAGCGGUCCAUCCCCCAUUACUCUCUCCCUCUUCCCAGUUUGCACUUGCGAAUUGGGCAAACCACCACCACCAGUACUUGGCCCAGCUAUCCGCCGCAGAAAAACAAUAGAGUAAAAAAUAGAGUAGAAACGUUUCUAGUCGGAUGAAUUUGGGCGCUCCUGUAGUGGCCAGUAUGUUUCAUAAAUCCUGGCUUGUAUACGGGCACGACUUUAGGAAGUACUGGUGGUUUAAUGUUUUCUAUUUGUUUUCUGUUCGACAUGUCUCGGCUGAGAACUUGACCACAAGAUCCAUGGGACAGUUCACUCUAAGUCCAUUCUUUGAUUGAGUGCUGCUCAGAAGCUGCUAAGUAAAACUCGCCAUGUCUA